AUGUGUAACAAUAAUGCACCCUCAAGGAACCAGGUCCUCACCUCCUACCUGUGGGUCCGUCAGGCCUGGCUGGAUGCCCACCUCGCCUGGGACAAGGACGCUUACGGCGGCAUCAACAGCAUCCGCAUCCCCAGCAGCUACGUCUGGCGGCCGGCCAUCAUCAUCCUCUACAACGACGCCGACGACGGCUUUGGCGGCUCGGUGGAGACCAACGUGGUGCUGCGCUCCGACGGGCACAUCACGUGGGACUCGCCCGCCAUCACCAAGAGCUCCUGCAAGGUGGAUGUCUCCUACUUGCCCUUCGACGGGCAGCGGUGCCGCCUCACCUUCGGCUCCUGGACCUACAACGGGAACCAGAUCAACCUCCGCAACCGGCUGGACACCGGGGACCUGACGGACUUCGUGGAGAACAUGGAGUGGGAGGCGCUGGGCAUGCCAGCUUACUACAUCGCCACCAUGACCAUGAUCACGGCCUCCACCGCGCUGACCAUCUUCAUCAUGAACGUCCACCACUGCAGCCUGGGGCCCCGGCCCGUGCCCCCCUGGGCCAGGUGGCUCAUCCUCCACCACAUGGCCCGGCUCUGCUGUGUCUACGAGGUGGGCGAGAGCUGCAAGAGCCCCCAGCGGGUGCUGGGCAGGCGGGUGGGCAGGGAGGACACUGGGGGGCCGGGGGAGAGCCCCAUGGAGGGGGAGGUGGGUGCCGAAGCAGGGGGCUGUCCCCGGGACCACUGCCUGUGCUACCACAAUGACCUGCUGAGGAACGUGGGCUAUGUCGCCGGCUGCUUCCGGCAUCACCAAGCCUCCCAGCGCCGGACCGGCGAGUGGAAGAAGGUGGCCAAGGUGAUGGACCGCUUCUUCAUGUGCGUCUUCUUCCUCAUGAGUGUGCUGGUCCUGGGCAAUGCUGCAUGA